GUUUUGAACUUGCAUGCAAAACAGGCAGAUGUUAGAGAGGUCGGAAAUGCAGAAAUUAUUCUGAAUUCAGCGAAGUGUUUUCUCUUUCCCUCCGCCACUUUAAUUCAAUCGUUUUGUUUCGGUUUAAGGGAAAGCACCAGUCAAGUGUCACUGAUUGAGUUCAUUAAAAGGAGAUGAGCGCUAAAUCAGCUGCACUACCUGCAGUUUUUUCUGUAGGUGCGCUGGGAUUCACAUCUACACCAAACUACUAUUGGCUCUUCUCCGAAAAUACAUUUGCAUGACGAGUCAAUUACUUUGAACGCUUAUCUAAAAUAUAGCUGUGACACAAAAGGAAACAGAGUGAUGAGUUGAUCGCUGCCUGUUUGCUGAUGGGAAAAGCGCACUUUGGAUGAUCCCACCAAACUGUCACUGAACGUCGACAGGUUUUUUUCUUCUAAACGCACCUGAAACUUCUCCAGACCCUCGCCCCGGUUGAUGCCGAGGAUCAUGACCAUGAACAGUGACCCUGCCACCGCGCCGCUGGAUCUGCGCACCACGAACCGAGAGCGUGGGUCCAGGACUCCAGACUGUAAAGGUCGCGCCAGGGACGCUGGGGGGACAGGCGGCUCACCUGCACCCCCAGCAUGCACAGGGACGGACAGUUUGGAGAUACAGUGCCCCGCGGUCAGGGGCGCAGAAACCGGCCCUAGCCGCAAACGGCCAGCGGACAAAUCCUCCUCCAGUCUUCCUUUUAGGAAACGCCCGAUUCUUGUGGAGCCGGAGACCCAGAGGCAGUCUCCGACUCAACCGGAGAAUGGAGACCGCUUCUCCCCUGCGACGGACUUCACAUUACCCGAGAGGGUCGCCGGUCGUUUGGAAAGAUCCCCGGAGGAGAACAGCAGAGUGGGCGCAGCGCCGGUGACUCCCAGGCUUCUUGAAGCGCCAGGACAGAGUCCACAUGGAUACCCCUUCCGAUUUUUGCACCCGAUUGAUUACGGUCAAUACCCAGUGUACUGUUUGCCCCCCGUCCCAGAGCCACACCACCCGACCCACCACGCCGAGAACCUGCUGGCUGCUAUCCAUCUGGCUACACGUCAAGAUGAAGAUGGAGACACAGCUCUUCAUAUAGCUGUGGUGCAGGGGCAGUACGCCAUCGUCUGCAAUCUGAUCCAACUCUUGCUGUUGGCACGCAGAAGCCUCGAUGUCUACAACAACCUCCGCCAGACUCCCCUUCAUCUGGCAGUGAUCACCCAGCAGGCAAACAUGGUGGAGGCUCUGUUGAGGGAUGGAGCUGACCCUGCUGCCUUGGACCGUAACGGCCAAACGGCACUUCACCUCUGCUGUGAAUAUGACCAGUGUGACUGUCUGUCAGUUGUUCUCUCGCACUCCUCAGCCUCCACAUGUCUGGAGAUCAGAAACUAUGAGGGUUUGAGCCCUCUCCAUCUGGCGGUGCUGCGCGGCCAUAGAGUUUUGGCCAGAAUGCUGCUGGAUGCAGGUGCUGACAUCAAUGCUAUGGACAUUAAAAGUGGCCAGAGUCCUCUCAUGCACGCGGUGGAGAGCAAUAAUGCAGACAUGGUCCACUUCCUCAUUGAGAGUGGCUGUGAUGUCAACAGCCAGUCAUACAGUGGGAACACAGCCCUGCACAGCGCCUGUGGCAGAGGUCAGGUGGACACGGUGAGGCUUCUGCUGAAGAGCGGCGCAGACAGCAGCCUCAAGAACUACCAUAACGACACACCUGUCAUGGUGGCCAAAAACAAGAAGAUAGCAGAUGUUUUACGAGGGAGAGGCUCCAAUCAGAUAAGAGCUCUAGAUCAACGCUCUUUGUCCGUCUCACCACAUGGCAGCAGUUUAACAGAAAAUGGGUCCCCAUCCUCCAACCACAGUCGUGGAUGUUCACCUUCAACUACACCACACACCCCUUAUAAUAGCACCUCCCAUUCUCCAAAGACUCCAUCUACGCUUGUAUUUCCAUUUUACUAGCUAAAGUUAUGGUCCAGAGCGACUUGCAACUACCUCCACAUAGCCAACCAACAAAAGACUUCAGUGCCCAGAAGGAUAUCCAGAAGGUUCAGCGAACAGACCAGCAAAAAGGAGGGCAUCUGAAUUUAGUCUUCCCUCAAGGCUGGCCUUCUUUUCCUGGACUCCAUGACAAAGGACAGUUAAAGUUGGCAUCCCUCCUUGGGUUUCAUUGCCUGGACGGAGUCCCUGCAACCACUCUGCUCACCCAGCUGCUGUUUCGGGCAUCCACAUAAUGAGCUGGCAACUGACAAGCUGCUGCAGUGAUCAGCAGGACAGAAACGUGCCACUGCAUGCAAUCAAGGCUGACAUAAAGGACUGUUUUAAAACUGCCUGAUGUCAGUAAAUGAUGGACAUGGGCUCAGUGAACUCUGAGUAUUUUUCUUUUUUUUUCUUUAAGAGGACUGUAGAUAGAUGGCAGGAAAUGAAGGGCAACAAAUAGAGUAUUUUGACACCCUAUGUCUUUCAAAGAUUGUAUUCAGUUUGCUUACUAUAAGGCUUGACAAUGUAACUUGACCUGCUUAAAGACCCUUCCAGUGUAUUUUGGCAUUUUUAUGAUAUUUAAUAGUUUACUGAAGGCAUGAGACCCCAAGUUACCUAAUGCAGUAAGAUACAGGAGCUAACACGAAGCUAACUCAUAGAUGUAUGUGACUUAGCAUUACCUUUAUGACAGUUACACUUAGAGAAACGUGUGACUUGGAGUACUGUAGUCAUAGGUCAUCUCCCUGUCUUUUUGCAGGGGGGGCUACACGGUGGUGUAGUGGUUAGCACUCUCGCCUUACAGCAAGAGGGUUCGCCUCCCGCCUGCGGCUCCUCUGUGUGGAGUUUGCAUGUUCUCCCCGUGUCAGCGUGGGUUCUCACCGGGUACUCCGGUUUCCUCCCACAGUCCAAAAACAUGCACUCUAAAUUGCCUGUUGGUGUGAAUGAGAGCUAUAUCUAUAUGUCAGCCCUGUGAUAGUCUGGCGACCUGUUCAGGGUGUACCCCGCUUCUCGCCCAAUGUCAGCUGGGGUCGGCUCCAGACCCCCGCGACCCGAGUGCAGAUGAGCGUUUAAGAUGAAUGAAUGUCUUUUUGCAAUUAUGAGCCCAAAUUUAUAUUCUUUGUGCAGAAAUAUUUUGCAAACAGUGUGGCUCAUCAUUAUUGUCACAAAGUAACUCAGUACAAUAUGAAAUAUUAUAAAAUAAACUGGAGGGGGGGGGGUUUGAUGUUGCACAGUUUAAUUCCUUCUAUUUUAAUCAAUGUCCAUAGUACCUUCACAUGUUUGUAUGCAUAUGUGUUUGUUGUUUCUUCACUGUCAAAAGUUGUAUAUUUUUUUAUAUAAAAUAAGUCCAACAGA